CGCUCGGCGGAUUCAAUCGCUCGUCGACCUUCGUUCCGCGCGUUACAAGAGUAGAAAGGAGUCCCAUCGCAGUCGCAGUCGCCGUUCCCCUGUCAAUUGUUCAGUCUCAUCCCAGCGCUCGCAAGAACAACACAACAACACAAGGCUGGCUCCUCGCAGCGCGGUCGCGAAUCGAAUAGAAUCCCCCUGUUCGGGACAAAUAAAUCGGCUGGAGCCAUCUCGUGGAGUUCCGAAAGAUCCGAUCCGAGAGGAGCGCGCAUCGCGAGUGCAGAGAUUCGAAUUGGAUAUAGAGUGCAGUUUGGCACUGCAAGAUGCGGCAAUUGUGCACCUGCGGCUGCAUGCAGCAAAGUGCGGCAAAGUGUGUGAAAUGUGCUACCUGAGAAAAUGCCCAAGGAGUGCUUAAACAUAUCGAAACAAACCAAAAGAUAGAGUAUCUUCUAGUGCCCCAGUGAACAGUUCUCGGAAUUUGAGAAUUAUAUAUUUUUUUGCUACGCUCUUUGACAAACUACAAACGGAAUACAAUCAAUAUACACCUUAAGUCAACUAUCAUCUAAUUCGUCUAACUUGGAAUAUUUAGAUCUCACUGCCUCUUUACAAUAACCGCUAUGAAGCACACGUCGUCAAAAGUAGCGACUCUCAGCAACAUCAGCAUGCUCUCCCGCCAGUGCCUUUCCCACCCAACCCGCUCACCACCCACAGCCGCUGCUCCCCGCCCUCCAGUCCGCACCCCCCGAUGGAGAUGGACGCUCGGCCUCUGGGCGCUGGUGAUUACCAGCGGUUGCUUAAUGCUCAACGCGCCGACGACGACGGCAUUUGAUAUCGCCACGUGCAAUGUGCCCCUGGGCAUGGAGUCGUUAGUCAUAACAGAUGCUCAAAUCACAGCGAGUUCAGCGCAUGACAUGGGCUUUGUUGGACCUCAACAUGCAAGACUGAAAACCGAUAAUAAUGGAGGUGCCUGGUGCCCCAAGCACAUGGUGUCGAAUGCCCUCAAGGAGUAUCUGCAGGUCGACCUGCUGCAUACCCACGUGAUCACUGCGAUCCGGACCCAGGGCCGCUUUGGCAAGGGCCAGGGCCAGGAGUACACUGAGGCCUAUGUUCUUGAGUACUGGCGUCCGGGCUUCGACAAGUGGCAGCGCUGGAAGAAUAUCCAGGGCAAGGAGAUUCUGCCCGGAAACAUCAACACGUACAGCGAGGUGGAGAACGCCCUGCAGCCAAUCAUUUUCGCCUCGAAGAUCCGCAUCUAUCCAUAUGGCCAGUAUGACCGAACUGUCUGUCUGCGGGCCGAGAUCGUCGGUUGUCCAUGGGAAGAGGGCAUCGUGUCUUACAGCAUUCCAAAGGGCGUGCAGCGCGGCAUGGAGGUGGAUCUUUCGGAUAAAACCUACGAUGGCAAUGAGCAGGGCGAUCGCUAUGUGGAUGGCCUUGGUCAACUGGUGGACGGACAGAAGGGCAAGGACAAUUUCCGCACCGACAUCCACGGAUUUGGCAAGGGUUAUGAAUGGAUUGGCUGGCGGAACGAUACGCCGGGACUGCUGGGAAAACCAGUGGAAAUUGUCUUUGAAUUCGAUACGGUUCGCAAUUUCAGUGCCAUCGUGCUCCACACGAACAAUAUGUUCACCAAGGAUGUUCAGGUAUUUGUGCAUGCCAAGGUCUUCUUCAGCAUUGGCGGGCGCUACUUCUCGGGGGAACCUGUGCAGUUCUCUUAUAUGCCCGACACCAUAAUGGAUCACGCCCGCGAUGUGACUAUUAAGCUGCACCAUCGAGUGGGCAAAUAUUUGAAAAUCAAUUUGUACUUUGCCGUCAAAUGGAUUAUGCUGUCGGAGAUCAGCUUUAUAUCCGUGCCCGCCCUUGGGAAUUUCACAGACGAGCAGGAGCAGCGCAGCAAUUCUCCGAGUCAGGCGCAGGAUACCCAUGAUGACACCAAGAGCAACGAGUACCAGCCCAGCAAGAACAAGGCCAACGGAGUGGGUGGCUCUGCCGGGGGUCUUGGAGAGGGCGUGGCCACGGCGGGCGGCAGUUCUGGGGGCAACAGCAAAUUCAACAACGGGCCGCAGCUAAUUGCGCCACGCCCCAUCGAUCAGGAGCCGAACGACGCCAACUUCAUCGGGGUGGUCAUCGUGGUGCUGACGACGAUAAUCAUCCUGCUGGUGGCCAUCAUCCUGUUCAUUGUCUCGCGGACGAAACGGGCCCGCGGCAGCAACGUCCUGGACGCGUUUCAGUACAGCUUCAAUCCCAACACCCUCGGCGGCAACGUGGACAAGCACCGGCAGAAUGGCAACAGCAUCAAGGCCAGCGUGGAUGACAGCGACUCGAUAGGCAAAAACAGUCUCUACCACGAGCCCUUCAAUGUGAACAUGUACACGAGCGGUGUAAAUGGCUACGCGGCGGUUAAUGAUUUACAGUGCAAUAUGACGCCCGAUUAUACAGAUGUGCCGGAAGGUGGUUACGCCGUGCCCCACAUGCAGGACUACAUGCCCUCGUCGAAAAUGGCUGGUGGAGCGGCUGGCGGUGGUGGCUACGUGAACGUCCGUCGGACUCCGCCGCCGCCGCUGAGCAGUAUUUUCCCGCGACCGCCGACAGUUCCGCCGCCACCCAUGGAGAAGUACUACGCCACCACGGCCAUCUUCAAGCCGCUCAAGGGCCCGGGCUCGGAGCGCAGCGGCUGCAGCAGCAACACGAACACGGUGAGCAGCGGCGGCGGCAAGAGCAGCCACAGCCACAGCAGCCACUGCAGCACAGGCGGACAGGACCACAGCGGCAUCUACGACGACGGCAUUGGCACCAUGAACUCCAAGGCCACCGCCCCCAUGAUCAAUCCGUACAGCAGCGGGAACAGCUCCUCGGCCUCCGCGGCGGCCGCUGCAGCGGAGUUCCAGCGGGCCAGGACCUAUAACUUCCGCAGCUACCCCGACAAUCUCUAGUUCGAAGCCUCGCUCAAGUUGGUGGCCGCGGCCCCGAAGCGGGUCGCCGCAGCCCCAGCCGGCAGUACCACCAUGCCGAA